AUGAGCUACGAGCUAAAAGACGGUAAAGAUCAAAAAUUGCACAUUCUGCCGUGCAGAAUACGCUCUACCGCUCACAUCGAUCUCACGACAUGGUCGCGUAACGAAUCCGAGAGCUAUUUGCGUGGGAGACAUUUGAAGUGCGAGACGCUAGCCACGAAAGGAUAUCUAUUGAAGAACACCAAUGGCACAUACCAGACUGUGGGAAAUUUGAACAAGACCGUGGAUUGGGAUGGUGGCUGGAGCAAAAAGUUGAGCGAAUGGAACGAUAUCAACGACGCUAUCAUGGAGUAA